CCGAAAUUGAUUUUCUGGCAGACAGAAGUGCGCGGCAAAAGAGGGGUACACAAACAAAAACAUGUGGCAGAGUCUGUGAGAAAACAGUCCUUUAGGUAAGGGGAUUGUCUGAUUCGCAAUGGGUCUGCAUUCGUCACAGAAGAAGCACUUCCCUCUGCGGGGGAUUGACGGCGUGGUUCAGCUGUUUGACGCUGAGCUCCGCAAGUCUGAGCCAGACCUCGCCCUCCUCUCACUGGUCCUGGGCUUCGUUGAGCACUUCCUUGCUGUGAACCGUGUUAUCCCUAUAAAUGUCCCCGGGGUUCGUUUUGAGCCUCUGGAGCCAGACUGUCCCACCUCAUGUUUCCCCACCGUGGAGCUGGGGAUGAUCUCUGCACUGUACGAGCGCUUCACUGCACAGAUCCGCGGCGCCGUGGACCUGUCGCAGUACCGUAGAACCGCAGCCGGGUCCAGCAGGGAGCUGGUGAAGAAAGUCUCAGAUGUGAUCUGGAACAGUCUGAGCCGCUCGUACUUUAAGGACCGGGCUCACAUCCAGUCACUGUUCAGUCUCAUCACUGGUACCAAACUGGACAGCUCAGGGGUGGCGUUUGCUGUGGUGGCGGCAUGCCAGGUUCUGGGACUGAAGGAUGUCCACCUAGCGCUCUCUGAGGAUCAUGCCUGGGUGAUCUUUGGUAAAAACGGGGAAGAGACGGCUGAAGUCACCUGGCAUGGGAAGGGGAACGAGGACAGACGAGGGCAGACUGUCGCAGCUGGAGUCAGUGAGAAGAGCUGGCUCUAUCUAAAGGGCUCCUACAUGAAAUGUGACAGAAACAUGGAGGUGGCGUUCAUGGUCUGUGCCAUCAACCCGUCUCUUGACCUCCACACUGACAGCUCCGAGCUCCUGCAGCUACAGCAGAAACUUCUCUGGCUGCUGUACGAGCGAGGAGACUUGGACAGGUAUCCCAUGGCCAUGGGCACUCUGGCUGACCUUGAAGAUCAGGAUCCUAUCCCAGGAAAGGAGAGUCCUCUGGAGAUCCACCUCAAGGCGGUCAUGUCAGCUCAGAAGUACUACAACAACGAGCACAUCUACCCCUACAUGUACCUGGCUGGUUUCCACUACAGACACAGGAACGUCAGGGACGCUCUGAGGGCCUGGGCCAAAGCUGCUCAGGUCAUGCAGGACUAUAACUAUUUCCGUGAAGAUGAGGAGAUCUACAAAGAGUUCUUUGACAUUGCAAACGAUGUGAUCCCCAACCUGCUGAAGGAGACAGCUACUGCUGCAGAGAGUGCUGGAGAAGGAGGAGAGGGGGGAGAGGGAGUAGAGAAGGAGCCAAAGCAGGCGGCUGCUCUCUCAGCUCUGCAGGACUCUGAAUGUUUCGCUCACCUGCUGCGUUUCUAUGAUGGCAUCUGUAAGUGGGAGGAGGGAAGCCCGACGCCGGUCCUCCACGUGGGCUGGGCCACCUACCUGGUCCAGUCUCUGAGCCGCUUCGAUGCUCAGGUGCGUCAGAAGGUUUCCAUCAUCACCAAAGAGCCCGAGUCUCAGGAAGAAGACGACCAGUCGAGUGACGACCUGCGUGAAGGCCGUAGACGAGGCCCGAGAAGAGAGUCCAAGCUGGAGGAUCAGGGCUCCCCUCCCUCCUCUGCUCCUCCCACCUCGCCAUCUGCCCAGCCUCCUCCAGCUCAGCCUAAGAAGGUAGGCGAGGGUGGAGGCCGCCGCCGCUCCUCCCAGAACCAGCGAGGAGACGCUGAAGUAAAGCCCAAAUCUCCCAGCCCAGACUCAUCCCCCUCUGCCUCCUCUCAACAGCAGCAGGAGGCGUCCCAAGCCCCCGCUGCCACCUCCUCCCCUACCGGGCCCGUGGUGGUGUUUCAGAGCGAGAAGAUGAAGGGGAUGAAGGAGCUGCUGUGCGCCGCUAAGGUGAACUCCAGCGCCAUCAAACUGCAGCUUACGGCGCAGUCGCAGGUCCAGAUGAAGAGACAGAAGAGCACGCCGAGCGGAGAUUACUCCAUGUCGUUCAUGAAGAGGCAACGCAAAUCCCUGUAGACAAGAAAGAGGAGGAGGAGACUCAUACUGUGAAAAUCUUGCUCUCAUUCGUCAGACUUUUCUACGUGUUUCUCCACUUCAGUUUCAGCAAUAUUUUCAGUUGCACUCUUCACAUAUCAGGUUUGAUGGCGUAAAAGGAAAACGCGCUGCAACGGCAAACAAAAGGUUUUCAUCAGCAUCAACGGACGUUACAGACUCUUGAAAAUAUAAAAUACACCAAAACAAAAAUCUAACAGAAGUCAAAACAAAGGCAUUGAAAUCACACUUACUGCAAGAAUAAUUAAAGAGGAAUGCUGCCUAUCUGGUCAUCACAGUCGCCAGGACUCCCAUAAAACUUCUCAGUAAUCACAGUGAAGCUAAAGAUAAGUGUUACAGGGAAGACUUUCUUUUCUAUAUGGCUCUGUAAACACCAUCAGUUCUUGAUCUGUAGCAUCAUGAAGCUCCUCCAUCGUUUUAUGAGUCAGUUCAACGGCAGUUCUACUAUGUUGUUUCGGCAGUAUGAGCCUGAAACAGAAGCUGAUUUCAGUGAGGUUUACCUACGAUUAAGGAAAUAAAGUUUACAGAAAUAACAAAAUCAUGGUAAAAUGUAGACGUCUAGCUUCUCCAGCCAUUAAGAAGAGAAGAACGUCUUUAAAAUGUUUGUUAAAUCAAGUUUGCAUCGAUCUGUUUUGAUGCAUUUCAGGCAGUCAGGAUUUCUAACCGUGUUAUGUUCACAGUGUCUUGCAGAUUAGUGGCUCAAGUUAAAAUAUUAAUCUAUAACAGAUUGUUAGCGACAGUUUAAUCCAGAUUUCUUUUUAUGCAGUCACAUUAAUCAAGAAUACCAUCUACAGGAACUGAUACUGAGGCUAUCGUAAAGGUUUUUUGUUUUUUUUCACACUUGUAAACGAAUACACCAAAGCCUGGUGAUCAGUCGAUGCAGCUCGACUACAAAUGCACAGAAAGCAGAGCACUUAACGCAUGCUGAAGAUACAAAAAUAGAGCUGUACGAUUAUUUGAAUUUUAAUCACAAUCACACUUUUGAUCUCCCCACAAUCAAAGAACCAUAAUUAUCAGCGAUUACGUUUAAAUGCCUGUUUUUUUGUCAAAAGGCUCUCAAAUGAAACAGCUCACAUUCAAGAACAGCGCCACACUUGUUAAUGUCACUUCUUCCUCACUAGCCAAUCAGAAUCAAGAAGAGGCGGGACUUCCGAUACCUGCUUCGUCAACAACAAUAACAAAAGAGAAAGCAAUGUGACUAGUCUUUUUGAGUUUUCAGGUUUGCAGCUACUGCCAAUUCCAGAACAGGAUUACCUUCUUUUGUUUAUGUUUCAGUGGAGAAAUUUUCUAAAGGAAGGGAAAAUGUUAAGAACAAAGAGCUGAAAAAUUAGAUAUAAUUUUAAGUUGUUAGUUUAUGAGAAACAAAACUCAGAAUUUUGAGUUGGAAAGGUGUGUGUUUUACUUCAUAAACUUGAAAAUUUCAACUCCAAAUGCUGGCUGGAUCAGAGUCGUCACCUGAUUAUGUCAAUGUAUUUUCUUCUGAAUAGUCCCGUUUAUAUCAGUGUUUCUUCAAAGUCUUGAUUCUUCUGAUACAGUGAUAAUUCUGGAAUAAAAUCACGGAUUUCCUUCUUGAUCAAGCCCAGUUAAAAGGUAAAUAUAGGUUCUCUUCUCCAGGACUUAUGCAAGGCAAACAGCUUCAUCUGAUCUGAUUUUUCUACACAGAAUCAGCUGUUUUAAACUCUAUAAUCUUAAAAAUUAUCCGGUUUUAGUGUUAAUUUCCAACUUUUAAGGCUUGAAAAUUUAGAGUUUUUCUUGUAAAGUUUGACUUAAAGCCUAGAUAUCUGAGUUUGAUUUCUUGAAGUUCAGUGGAUAACCUUUAUUGUUAUUUUCUAUAAACAGUGAAACUCAGGUUGCAAAAACGACAACUGUGGACACUGCCCUUGCACAUCGCUUCGAUCUUGCGACCAAAAAAUUUCUUUUGGAAAUAAAUGUCUACUUUAAAAUUUAGUAGCACUUAGCGCCUCCUCCAGACUACAGCACUUCUGUCAUGAUGACCAGAUAUGCAGGAUUUCUCUGUUGGCUUUGUUUUUUGUUUGUUUUUGACUCUGCAGCAAUUUUCACCUACAGCACAUUCCUGUCUUGUUUCUGUUUUGUUUGAUCAUGUCUGAGAUAUUUUCUUCUAAUGAAAGUCUUUUCUGCCGUUGCAGCGUUUGCCCUCAUCAGCCACCGUAGUUUUAAACUGAAGGAGUGAACAUUUCAUCCUGUUUUUAUUUAACUUACGCCGGAAACCAGAAGACUUUUCCUGAUUGUAAACUCUCAUUAGUUUGUGUAUUAAUUGGCAGCCAAUUGCACACUGACUAUUAACUUCUGAUUGAUUACAUGCAGACGUUUGAAGCCAAAGUUUCUCCAGAAUCCGAGUGAAAGCACCCAUCCGGACCGUGUUGAAGCCUGGAAGUGAUUAAUUUAGGAUAGUUACUGUGUAACAUUUUCCACCCGUGCUCUAUCGACAGCUUCUUUCUUGCUAGCUCUUUGUUGCCUUACGUUGCCUUGGUUCUUUCUACAGUAGGUGGCCUUUAGUGUCGAUUAGUCCAGUCUUAGGCCUCAUUUCAGACCAGUAGAGAGGAGCAGGAGACCAUGCACUGUUGAGAUGGAGCUUCAUUAGGGGGCCCCAAACGUGGUUUUACCUUUUGUUGUUGUUUUUGUAUCUGCCAGUAAUAAAGAUCAGAUGGAAAGACA